AUGGUGAUAAAUCGAUUUCAAUUUUUGCGGGUGGUGUUUUUAUUAGUACUAUGUGCUGGUGUUUCUCUGAUAAAUGUCAAAGGUCCUGUAUUCCAUAAUGUUACAUGGAAACAAUCAAAUAAUCCUUACAAUGUCGUUGGCGACUUUCAAAUACCGAUUGGUGUAACAUUAACAAUAAAAGCAGGUACAAGAGUUGUUUUCAAUAUGGAUUUUCGAUUAUUGAUUGUAGGCAAAUUGAAAAUAGAAGGUAGUUUAAAAAACCCAGUCAAGUUUUUUGGAAAUGUGACCAAUGGUGGACCAAUGAUUGUAUUUCAGAGUACAAAUUUGUCAGAAAGUUCUAUAUCAUAUUGUAACUUUUAUGGCCCGAAACCAGCUUUGCAGAUAAAUCAAGGAGAUCCAGCUACUGGAACACUCAAUGCCAAUUUCAUUUUCAUAAAUAAUUCUGCGAUAUCUAACUAUUAUGGUGGGCAAUCAUCUAUUGCAAUCUCUGUUAAUAAUUCAGUUCUAUUACAAAGUGAUGUUACUAGAGGGUUGAUACUAAUUACUAAUAGUGACAUUACAUCAAGUACUAUCGAUCAAAAUGCUAUAUGUAAUCUUACUAACUGUAAAAUUAAGUCAAGUACUAUUAGUAAUGGUUAUUCUGGAUUUAAUGAAGCUAGUACGGUGAUAUGGAAAAGUAUUCUUACACAGUGUACAGUGAACGUACAGCAAAAUACUAUUGUAAUAGAAGAAUCAAACCUUACUGAUGUAUUCGUUGGAGGCGAUGGUGCGUUCAUACUCAGAAAAUCUUCUGCAAAUGGAUUAACAAUUAGCUUUGCAUGGUCACACGUUGAACUAACUUCAUGCAAGAUUAUUAAUAAGAAAAAUGAAACCAUGGUAAUGGGGUGGGUCAAUGUCUCUUGUUGUGACAUACAAGGAAAUAAACAAAAUACAGGAAUCAUAGUUAAUGGGCUUCUCUUCAACUUGGAUGAUACCCAAACGAUAGUUAAUUCAUCAUUUUAUAAUUUUGCAAUAGGAAUUCAAGUGAGUGCCAGUGAAGGUCCUAUAACUAUUGCCAAUAAUAAUCUGUAUCAGAAUUCCAAAUACAAUCUAUAUAAUAAAUAUGGUUAUAAUAUUGUUGCAACUAAUAACUGGUGGGGCACAUCAAAUCCAAACAAAAUUAAAAAGAAAAUUUAUGAUUAUUAUGAAGAUAUUUUAACUGGAAAAGUUUUAUUCAAUCCUUUCUUACAAAAUAAGAAUCCAAAUGUAAAAUGUCUACAGUGA